AUGAUGCCGGACGUGGUGGGCCGGGCGGAGCCGCAGCCCAAGCCGGAGCGGGAGCCGGAGCCGGAGCCGGAGCAGGAGCCACGGCCCGGCCCCGUCACCAUCACCGUCGGCUGGGAGCCAAGCGUCGCGAGUCAGCCGUCCGAUCGGCCCGCCAGCCCGGAGCGGCCUAAGGGCGGCGAGACGAGGGGCGAGGCGGACUCUCCCCCACCGGCUGGCCUGGAGACGCCUCUGGCCGAUUCGCGGCCGGGUGACGGAGAGGCGGCGGGCACGCCUGCCACAGCUGGCGCCGCCGCCGCAGGCAUGCGCCGCGCGGUCCGCUGGGGGGACGACGUCGGCGACCUGCCCGCCCGGCUGGAAGGCGUGGUGGAGACCAGCCGUGACCCUCGGGCCAUGCGCUGGUGUCGCCAACACCUGGCCAUCCGAGGUCAAACGCUGCUGACCCCUGACCUCAAGAUGGAGCUGGCCGAGCUCAAGGUGCAGCCGGCCCCGGAGACGGGCCAGAAACAUGCCAUCAAGCUCUGUCGGGGCAACAUUGUCGAGCUUCUUUUAAAAUUCCGGUCCCGAGACGAGUACAAGCACUGGUUCACAAUGCUAAAGAACGAAUCGACCCGGCCGACGGAUGACGUCAGCAGAGACGUCACCAGUGACGUCACGGAGACCUCGCCAGCGGACACUGUGUCGGUGUCAUAUGGGGGAAGCAACACGGUCAGCAUCAGCUACGGCAGCUCCAACGGGCCGGAGCCCGCCGUCUCCGACAGCGGCAACAUCGAGUUUGAGAGUUGGGUGGUCGCUGGCGAGACGGACGAGGCCACUGUGCAUUUAGGGGAGGAGCCUUUCUCUGACGUCAGCGGCGACCAGACCAUCAGCCGGCCACUCUCUCCGAGCCCGGACCAGCACCUCGACGCGGGCGCCAACGGCACCAAUGGUCUGGCGCUGUCGCUGGACGACCUCAGGUCACAGUCUCCGCCGCCUGCGUUCUCCGACCGCCCGCAUCGGCCGGCGUCAGUGAGGUGGGAUCAGGAGAUGAGCUCGCCGGAUCUGGAGUCCCGGGCGCCCGCGCCGCCCUCCACCGAGCUGGGCGUGUUCGGCCUGCGCCGGGCUGGCUCCGAGUGGACGCUGGCCGGCGGCGGCGGCCAGACGGCCAGCAUCCGCUCGGAGCGCAUUCGCCGCGCCGCGCACAUGUUCGAGGAGAUCGCGCAGGCCGAGCGCGCCGCCGCGCUCCGCUGCGUGGACGCUAUAGUUGCCCUGGGCGCUCCCGAAAGCGACGAUUCGGACCGCGACGAGGAGAACGAGGAGCUCCUCUGGCUCAAGGUCAAGGCGAAGAUCGCCGAGCGGCGCCGCAAGUUCCACCAGCUGGACCAGAGCGCCGGCGGACCGCCGUCCCCGGCCGACCCAGACGGGCUGGACGCCGGCGGCGACGGGUCGGACCCACUCCGCUGCUGGACCGGCAAGUACAUCGAGCAGGACGAGGAGCAGGAGGUCCUGCGAGGCCUCGGCAACCCGGUGUUGGCGGAGCAGAAGCUGCUCGCGAAGCAGAAGAGUCGCGACCGACUUCAGGCCGGACGGCAGGAGACCGAACAGCACUGUCACAGGAUUCAGACGGAGCGCGACCUCACCCAGACGAAGCUGGACCAGGUCAAGUCGAAGCUCACCCGCGACUCAGCCUUUGAGAGGAAACGGCUGGAGACUGUGCUGUUUCGACUGGACCGGAGCCUGCGCGAGGAACAGCAGAAGCUUGGCCAGCUGACGCACCGUAUCCAGGAGACAGACGACGACAUUGAACAGCUGGGACGCCGUCUGAGCCACCUGGCGGCCGAACCGGACAACAGUGCUUCACCGCUCUUGUCGCUAGAGUGA